CACGCAAUGAUACGUAUGGGUCAAUAUUGUCUUGAUUUGACGUCACCAAAUCGUUCUGUAUUCUGGUUGCUGUUUAGCUGUUCCCAUGCGUCUGUUUACGUGUCGUCAGCAAUGGCUUCUCCUAAUUUAGAAGAAUUGUUCGAGGAUUCAAGGAUCAUACAAUGGGAUUGGACACUGUUGUUGCUGGUAUUUUACACCCCCUUAGGAAUAUUGCUGCUAGUGAUGAGAAUCUUUGCACUCAUCCAGUUCUAUCUAAUGUUUCUCUAUAUGCCAUACCAGCCAAUUAAAAGAUAUUUGUUGAGGGUGUGUGGACUGAUGCUUGGUGUUUUUGUCAACGAAAAACAUUCAAGCAAGGCAGCUGCUCAAGAAAAUGCUGUCUGGGUCGCAAAUCACUGCAGCCCAUUUGAUUCAAUAGUUCUUCAGGUAAUAGCUGGUGCACCAAGAGUCACCAUCUUUCCAGAAGAUGAAACAACCACAGCCAAAUCAGGACUUCUCAAGUUCCAACCUGGAAAAUUUGAUCAACACAAGCGGAAUAACCCAAAACUUCCAGUUCAGCCGCUGUCUUUGAAAGUUUCACGCCCUUUCCCACCUUUUGCCGUUACCGUCCUAGACAGUCAGCCCUGGACGGAUGCGUUCUUUCUCCUCUUUAGUCCCUGCACAAUUUUCAACAUUAAAUUUCUUGAUCCGGCUGACUGCCGAGAAGAUGAAGAGCUCGAAGCUUACGUCAACCGGAUAGAAUCGGCUAUUAGCCAAGAUCUCGGCAUUAACGCGACUUCAUUCACCGCUAAAGACAAGAUCGAACUUAUCAAAAGGAAGCGAUUUGAGGCACAUCCACCACGUCCGGUUCAGAGAUCCCAUAAUCGGUGGCAAGUAAUGGCCAACCAAGUUAAAGAAGUCUUGCCUCAUGUUCCCAUAUCCGUCAUAUUGAGCGAUCUGAGCAGAACUAAUAGUGUGGAUGCUACAGUGGCCAAUCUAGUUGAAGGCGUUGUACCGUUCACUCCUGAGCCGAUAGUGACCAGGGUCGAGAACCCUCCGACUGGGUCAGCUCCAAGCCCUGGCCCUUCCAACUAUAAACCAGCUGGGGCUUCUUCGCAGGUGCAACAAGUUUCCGCAUCUACGUUCAGCAAGCUUGUCCAUGAGCGAGGCCUGUCGCUACAGGAACGGAAGCAGCGCUUGUUACGCCAAGCCCAACUCCGUUAUUGCGAGCGGCACAAUCUUCAAAUACCGGGCAUUAAUUGUUGAAAAACGAAAAUCAGAUCAAGAAAUGGGACAAAAAUGCUGUAAAAGAAAAUUAUGCUUCACAACUUUCCUUAUCCUUCGUUGAUUAUUUUUGUUUUAGACGGUUUUUUUCUUAUUCCCUCCAAACCUGUAUUUCAUUUUCUAUUUUGUUUAUUUUUCUUUCUUCUUCGGGAUUCAAAAAUGAUCGUCUCUCUGUACUACCGUCUAAAUAUUUGAACAAGUCUCACUUAUUGAACGAAACCGUCAAGACAACCAUCUUGUACAUAGAUUUGGAUAGAUCUAGCUUUGGUAUUUAGAAAACUCAGUCGCGUCGGUUCGUCAAAAUACACACAUUUGGUGGAUAAAAUA